UAAUGUUCGUGUUACUACAAUGGAUGCUGAGUUGGAGUUCGCCAUCUUACCCAGCACAACUGGCAAACAGCUUUUUGACCAGAUUGUUAAAACGAUUGGGUUGAGGGAAACUUGGUUCUUUGGACUCCAGUAUCAGGACAGCAAAGGCUUCUCCACCUGGCUCAAGCUGAACAAGCGGGUGACGGCACAAGAUGUGAAGAAAGGCAACCCUUUGCUGAUUAAGUUCAGAGCAAAAUUUUACCCUGAGGAUGUUGCUGAAGAACUGAUCCAGGAGACGACUCAGCGUCUCUUCUUCCUGCAGGUGAAAGAGAGCAUCUUAAAUGAUGAUGUAUACUGUCCACCUGAGACUGCUGUGCUCUUAGCAUCUUAUGCAGUUCAGGUCAAACACGGAGACUACAGGAAAGACUAUCACGUGCCGGGAUACAUUGCAAGAGACAAGCUGCUGCCACAGAGGGUUUUGGAGCAGCACAAACUGAAUAAGAAUCAGUGGGAGGAAAGAAUACAGGUGUGGCACCAAGAGCACAAGGGAAUGCUGAGAGAAGAUGCCAUGGUGGAGUACCUGAAGAUAGCCCAGGAUCUGGAGAUGUAUGGGGUCAACUACUUCAAUAUCAAGAACAAAAAAGGAACCCAGCUGUGGUUAGGCGUCGACGCGCUGGGUCUCAACAUUUAUGACAAACAAGACAGGAUGACCCCAAAGAUUGGAUUCCCUUGGAGUGAGAUCAGAAAUAUAUCCUUCAAUGACAAGAAGUUUCUCAUCAAGCCAAUCGACAAAAAAGCUCCGGACUUUGUUUUCUACGUACCUCGUCUUCGCAUCAACAAACGUAUCUUGGCGUUGUGUAUGGGGAAUCAUGACCUCUACAUGCGCCGACGUAAGCCUGACUCCAUCGAAGUGCAGCAGAUGAAGGCUCAGGCCAAGGAGGAGAAAAGCAAGAGGCAAAUGGAGAGAGCUCUGCUUGAGAGUGAGAAAAAAAAGCGAGAAAAUGCUGAGAAGGAAACGGAGAAGAUUGCUCGUGAGACCAUGGAGCUGAUGGAGAGAUUGAGACAGAUUGAAGAGCAGACAAAGAGAGCUCAAGAUGAGCUGGAGGAGCAGACUCGAAAGGCUCUUGAGUUGGAGAAAGAGAGGACUACUGCUCAAGAAGAGGCUGAGCGCCUGGACAGAGCUCGCAGAGCUGCAGUUGAGGCGAAAGCUUCUCUGCUACAGCAGUCUGACACCCAAAUCAAAAGCCAAGAGAAUCUGGCCACUGAGCUGGCUGAGCUUACCUCUAAGAUCUCCCAGUUAGAAGACGCCAAGAAGAAAAAGGAUGAUGAAGCGAAGAGGUGGCGGAAAAGGGCGAUGAUGGUUGAGGCUGAUUUAGAACGAACCAAAGAGGAACUGAAGACUAAACUUAUGGGCGUCCACAUCCAGGAAACAGUGCAACCACACAUCCAUGAGCACGAUGAGACAGACGAGAGCAGUGCGGAGGCGAGUGCCGAGCUGACAUCUCCAGGUAUGGUGCGAGAUCGAAGUGAGGAAGAAAGGGUGACAGAGGCCCAGAAGAACCAGAGGCUCCAGAAAAACCUUAAGUUCCUGAGCACUGAGCUGGCUGGAGCUGUAGAAGAGAGCAAGAAGACCCCCAAUGACCUGAUCCAUGCAGAGAAUGUGAAGGCGGGCCGUGACAAAUACAAAACCCUACGUCAGAUUCGUCAAGGCAACACCAAACAGCGUAUUGAUGAAUUUGAGUCAAUGUGACGUGUUCUGCAUCAGGCCCGCUCAAACUGAAGGCAGGAUGAAGAUAUUUGAUGAAAAUGCACACACAGAUUUUUUUUUUCUUUUUUAAAUGUAGAUGCACAUUAAUGCUUAUAGUAAACGUGACCAAACAAUACUGGAGUAAUACAUGACCUGAAGUAUCUGCACUGACAAUUCAUCUGAAAAGAAGACAGUCGUGGAAAUGACACUGAGGUACCUCAAUUUUACAAACACAUAACUCAGACAAGUUUGUAAAGACUAACAAUGUUGUCCUAGACUGUCAUUCAUAUUACAGGCUUAUAUAAACUGAAUAUCUAUGAAAAGAUUAAUAAAUAUUGAUUUAUGCAACCAAA